GCAGCACAGAAAGUUAUUUGCACUCCAUAACAGAAGAUGGCAGCAGUAGAUUGAGGAGGCGCUGUAACAGCCAAGCAUCCCGUUACACAGUACACGGGACACUUUAUGGACUUCCUGUCUCGUUUCAUAACAUCGUAACUGUGUAUAAUGUAGCAUUCUCCCGUCUUAAGUAAGCGAAUGUCAUUCAUUGCUUCCUGUCUUAGAAAUGACCUGCUUUAAGCGGCUGUUCUCUAAAGGACCUCGCUCCAAAGUCGCGUGGUUGAUGACUGGUGAAGCUCUCACCUCCUGCAGGUGCUUCCAUGCUGAACUAGUGAGACACGAAUCUAGCGCGCUUCCAGUAGUUCAUCACAGCAAGUAUGUGUGUGACCUCCCACCCAAUCACAGGUUUCCAAUGGGCAAGUUUCCCCGGGUUUUACAGUGUUUGCUCAGAGAUCAGGUCAUUACAGAGAAACAGGUGUGGGUCCCUGAAAUUGCCUCUAAGGAUUUACUGAGCUGUGUGCACACCGAGGACUACCUGGACAACUUCAUAAAUGGGAAAAUAAGUGAGCAAGAGCAAAGGAGGACAGGCUUUCCCUGGAGUGAAGGCAUAGUGAGGCGCUGUCGAUAUGAAACAGGUGGGACUGUUUUAGCUGCUGAAGUCGCUCUGCAGAGGGGUCUGGCUUGCAGCACAGCAGGGGGAACUCAUCAUGCUUUUCCCAGCUAUGGUUCGGGGUUUUGUCUCCUCAAUGAUCUUGCAGUCGCAGCCAAAUACACGAUGGACAAUUCUCCUAAUUCUCCUUCUACUAAACGCAAAGUUCUCAUUGUGGAUCUAGAUGUUCAUCAGGGUGAUGGCACCGCUUUCAUCUUUAAAGAGGAGCCUUCUGUGUUUACAUUCUCAGUGCACUGUGGGAAAAACUUCCCACUUCGUAAACAACAGAGCGACCUUGAUAUCAGUGUGGAGGAUGGGCUGGAGGACAAGGAUUACCUCUCCACAGUUGAAGCCCACCUUCCCUGGCUGCUGGAAACCUUUCGCCCAGACCUGGUUUUGUAUGACGCAGGGGUUGAUCCUCACUGGGAAGAUGAACUCGGAAGGCUUCGCCUGACAGACCAAGGGCUCUAUCAGAGAGAUUUGUUUGUGCUGAAGACUGUGGUGAAAAGAGGUGUCCCUAUCGCUGCUGUUAUUGGUGGAGGAUACUCUAGAGACAUUGAUAAACUGGCACUCAGACACUCUAUCGUCCACAGAGCAGCAACUCAGGUAAAUGAAACACAGCAGAUAAAAUUGGACAAACAAGUCUUCUAUGUACAGAAACAAUUAGUUUAAAAACAGAGUUCUCAUUAUAACCUUGCUAUUCAUGUUUCAGGUUUGGAGGGAGUGUGGUAUGUAAAACUUGGCUCCCUAAUCAAGAGGAUCCUCAGUGGGUAGCUGAUAUUUGAGAGUCAAUGCCAUGGUCAUUUGGAAAGUUUCAAAAAUGUAUUAGAAACUGACCAGUACUUCAGUUACUUUGGCAUAUUUAUUUAAUUUACACAGUUGAGAAAAUAACUGUAGGAGUGAUACAUCUUAUGCGGUCACAUAUUAGAACUUAUUUCACUCAUUUUUGGUUCGUUGCAAUGAUGGUCUUGUAACUACAAUUAUAUUGUUAUAGGGACAUCACAGCCACCAUAACAUAUUUUUACAUUCAUCUGAAAAAGAAGGUUUUCAUGGAACUCAGUACAGUCCUGUGGAAAAACUGUUUAUAUAGGAAUCAAGAGGUGAUGCUUAUCAAAUGCUCUUGAUUAAUUGGUCAAAAACACAAAAGCAGAGUUUCUGGUAGUUUUCUGGAAUGGAGCUUUCAGCUCCCUGUUAAUGCCACAAUCUUACCAGGAGUGGAAAUUCCACAAAAUUCACUCAAAGGUCAGACAAUACAACUCUUAGGGAGGAUUUUCUUUUUUUUGGGGGGGGGGCAUAAAAAACUAAGAGCUAAAAACUUUACAAGCCUCAGGUAGUAUCGGAAAUGUUAACAUUCCAAUGCAAUUAGAAAAAAAAACUGCAUUUAAAUAAACUUCUGCAACAAUGUUUCUGAUGAGACUAAAGCAGAGAUGCUUGUCCAUAAUGGAUAGCGCCAUUUUGGGUACAAAACACUACAUGUCAAUGCAAAGACCACAUAUCAGCUCACAAGCACGGUGGUGGAGGGAUAAUGAUUCGGGUUUGUUUUGUAUCCACAGGAUUUGGGCACCUUGCGGUCAUUGAAUCAACCUCGACCUACAAUAAAAUGUUUGAAAAAGAAAAGAGUCAAGGUGUUGUAGUGACCCAGACCAGAUUUAAAUGCUAGUGUGGUGUGGCUUUUAAGAGCUGUGCAUAAAUGAAUGCCAAUAAACAUUAAUGAACUGAAGCAAUAUUAAAAAGAAGAGGAUUUCACUACAAUGUGAGAGACCAAUACAGUCCUACAGUAAAAUAAUUAAGUUAUUGCAUAGACUGCAGAGUCCAAGGGAAAUCUUCUUCACGUGACUACAUGUUAAAGAAUUAUUUAAAAAUCCUCACAAAUCAAAUAUUAAGGCUUUCAUUUGUAGGCUGGUGAUGAUUCUAGUAUAGUAUGUGCAAGUUGGCUAUAAAGACUUUUAGCUUACCAUUUACCAAAUUGUACCUGUGUGACAAUUAAAUACUCUAGAAAUAAACUGUACAUGAACAAA